CAGCCAUUUGUGAACCAGGAGGCUUGAAAUUCGCCAGCGCGGAGCCCCACAAGAGACAUUUCAAUGAAAAGGAAAGCCAAUAGAUGGUGGUCUUAGAAAAACUGUUUAGACAAUGUCUGUUUCCUGUGCUAUAAACACGUGGCAGAGCUGUAAGUAAAUGCUCGGCACUGCAUGAUGAAUUGGAUGGCUGCAGACCGGAGGCAAAAAAAAUAAUUGUCUCAUUUUCGUGGUGAUUUGCUUAACUGGUGGGACCAUGCCAGAACGGCUAGCGGAAAUGCUCUUGGAUCUCUGGACUCCAUUAAUAAUAUUAUGGAUUGCCCUUCCUCCCUGCAUUUACAUGGCUCCGAUGAAUCAGUCUCAAGUUUUAAUGAGUGGAUCCCCUUUGGAACUAAACAGGCUGAGUGAAGAACAGCGAAUUUUGAACCGCUCCAAAAGAGGCUGGGUUUGGAAUCAAAUGUUUGUCCUGGAAGAGUUUUCUGGACCUGAACCGAUUCUUGUUGGCCGGCUACACACAGACCUGGAUCCUGGGAGCAAAAAAAUCAAGUAUAUCCUAUCAGGUGAUGGAGCUGGGACAAUCUUUCAAAUAAAUGAUAUAACAGGAGAUAUCCAUGCUAUAAAAAGACUUGACCGAGAGGAAAAGGCUGAGUACACCCUAACAGCUCAGGCAGUGGACUGGGAGACGAACAAACCUCUUGAGCCUCCUUCUGAAUUUAUUAUUAAAGUUCAAGACAUCAACGACAAUGCACCGGAGUUUCUUAAUGGACCCUAUCAUGCUACUGUGCCAGAGAUGUCCAUUUUGGGUACGUCUGUCACUAAUGUAACAGCUACGGAUGCCGAUGACCCAGUUUAUGGAAACAGUGCAAAGUUGGUUUAUAGUAUCUUGGAAGGGCAGCCUUAUUUUUCCAUUGAGCCUGAAACAGCAAUUAUAAAAACUGCCCUUCCCAACAUGGACAGAGAAGCCAAGGAGGAGUACCUGGUCGUUAUCCAAGCCAAAGAUAUGGGUGGACACUCCGGUGGCCUGUCUGGGACCACGACACUUACAGUGACCCUUACCGACGUUAACGACAAUCCUCCAAAAUUUGCCCAGAGUCUAUAUCACUUCUCAGUACCAGAAGAUGUGGUUCUUGGCACUGCCAUAGGAAGAGUGAAGGCCAAUGAUCAGGAUAUUGGUGAAAAUGCACAGUCAUCAUAUGACAUCAUUGAUGGAGAUGGAACAGCACUCUUUGAAAUAACUUCUGAUGCCCAGGCCCAGGAUGGCAUUAUAAGACUAAGAAAGCCUCUGGACUUUGAGACCAAAAAGUCCUAUACGCUGAAGGUAGAGGCAGCUAAUGUCCACAUUGACCCACGUUUCAGCGGCAGGGGGCCCUUUAAAGAUACGGCGACAGUCAAAAUUGUCGUUGAGGAUGCUGAUGAGCCUCCAGUCUUCUCUUCACCGACGUACCUCCUCGAAGUUCAUGAAAAUGCUGCUCUAAACUCCGUAAUUGGGCAAGUGACAGCUCGUGACCCUGAUAUCACUUCCAGUCCUAUAAGGUUUUCCAUCGACCGGCACACUGACCUGGAGAGACAAUUCAACAUUAAUGCAGAUGAUGGGAAGAUAACACUGGCAACACCACUUGACAGAGAAUUAAGUGUAUGGCACAACAUAACAAUCAUUGCUACUGAAACUAGGAACCACAGUCAGAUAUCACGAGUGCCCGUUGCUAUUAAAGUGCUGGAUGUCAAUGACAACGCCCCUGAAUUCGCAUCCGAAUAUGAGGCAUUUUUAUGUGAAAAUGGAAAACCCGGCCAAGUCAUUCAAACAGUGAGUGCCAUGGACAAAGAUGAUCCCAAAAACGGACAUUAUUUCUUAUACAGUCUUCUUCCAGAAAUGGUCAACAAUCCGAAUUUUACCAUCAAGAAAAAUGAAGAUAAUUCUCUCAGCAUUUUGGCAAAGCAUAACGGAUUCAACCGCCAGAAGCAAGAAGUCUACCUUUUACCAAUCGUAAUAAGUGAUAGUGGGAAUCCUCCUCUAAGCAGCACCAGCACCCUGACCAUCCGGGUGUGUGGCUGUAGCAGUGAUGGUGUUGUCCAGUCUUGUAAUGUUGAAGCUUAUGUACUUCCAAUUGGACUCAGUAUGGGCGCCUUAAUUGCCAUAUUAGCAUGCAUCAUUUUGCUGCUAGUCAUCGUGGUGCUGUUUGUAACUCUGCGGCGACAUAAAAAUGAGCCGUUAAUUAUCAAAGAUGAUGAAGAUGUGCGGGAAAACAUCAUUCGCUAUGAUGACGAAGGAGGAGGGGAGGAAGACACAGAGGCUUUUGACAUUGCAACUUUACAAAACCCAGAUGGAAUUAAUGGAUUUUUACCCCGUAAAGAUAUUAAACCAGAUUUACAGUUUAUGCCAAGGCAAGGGCUUGCUCCAGUUCCGAAUGGUGUUGAUGUCGAUGAAUUUAUAAAUGUGCGGCUACAUGAGGCAGAUAAUGACCCCACAGCCCCACCAUAUGACUCCAUUCAGAUUUAUGGCUAUGAAGGCCGAGGGUCUGUGGCUGGAUCCCUCAGCUCCUUGGAGUCUACCACUUCAGACUCAGACCAGAAUUUUGACUACCUCAGUGACUGGGGUCCUCGCUUUAAGAGACUGGGUGAACUCUACUCUGUUGGUGAAAGUGAUAAAGAAACUUGACAGUGGAUUAUAAAUAAAUCAAUGAAACUGAGCAUUCUGUAAUAUUCUAGGGUCACUCCCCUUAGAUACAACCAAUGUGGCUAUUUGUUUUAGAGGCAAGUUUAGCACCAAUCAUCUAUAAACUCAACUACAUUUUAAUGUUGAACCAAAAAGUUAAUAAUAAAAAGUUUAUGUUAGGAGGUUACAAAUCUUGUGGAGUGUGAAUUAAAGUAUGUGGAGUGUCUAGAAGUCUUUGGAUAUUUGAUAUUUACCUGACCACCAUAGACAAAGAUUGGGAUCCUGGCUAAUCCUUAGAGAAAUGGUUAAACAGAGGAAAAAAUCAAAAUUAAAAGGUGCUUUCUUAGAAAAAUGGACCUGCAAGAAAUUUGCUGCUGAUAUGUGUCUUCUGCAAGGAUUUUUAUAAAUGCAAAUGGUUUUUUCCCCUUCACAAAUAAGGAUCCCGCCACAAAUGCUAAAGCAAUACUUGGUCUGCUGUACAUUCUGACUUUUUGGAGUUUUUGGGAGGCCUCCUAGAUUAUACAGUACAGUGACCACACAUUGUACAUAAUUGUUGGCCCCAUUCAUCAGAGACUGAAGAGUAUCUUUAAAUAUUGUGUCGAGCCUUAAAAUAUUCACAUGUUCGUAAUCCAUUCCAGGGUGGGGAUUGCCAACUCAGUGGUGGGAGGAGAGAAAUCCCAUUCAAACAGGCUUGUUUUCUGGAAGCAGGAUUACUCGUUCCCUCCACUUCAUCUUCUUCCACAAGGACACAAAGAUAAACUGUUAUCACACGGUGGACUACAUAAGAGACAGAUGGUUUUAUUGCUAGCGUGUGAAUUUGUUUAAUCCUCGAAAUAAAUAUUUUAUUGAUGUCCAUUAAUGCUUUUAUUUAUUAAGGUUGGUAAUCUAUAGAUUAAGGGACUAUAUGGCAAAAAACUAAAUUAUA